CUCCUUCCCUUGUAUGGUAUUUUGAGCUUUUUGUUGAGAGGGUCGAUUCUCCAGUUUUUCCUUGUUCGAUUUGAAAUUUGUCAAAGAACAUGAGCUAUUAUUUGGCUGAAGAGUUGCUAUCACCUUGGUUGGAUGCAUAUAUUCAAGACCAUUUAUCCCUUAGACUGAUGCCCAAGUAUCUUCAUAUUGUUGUGACUAUUUUGCAUUUAUGAUUUUUUUUGGUUGUGGGUCCGUCUCAAGGGUGGUGCAGGCCGGUUGAGGGGCCAGGGCGCUCAUAUUCGAAUACUAUCUGGGCCGGGCUCCUAGAAAAGCAGGUAAGGGGUCCCCGUAGGAUGGCUAAGCCAGGAAUGAAUGCCCCUUUCUUUUCAUCCAAUUAAAUGUCGAGAUGGCCGUAUUUAUCCCUGGGUUAGCGCCAACUUGCUAUCCAGGAACCGGUCUCUUUAAUAAUCCGCAUUACGUUAGAGCUAGCUCCAGUCCUUUGUACUUCAUUUGUCUUGAUUUGACAGCGUUAUGCCUGAGAAACAAAAUACCCUAAUAUUGAUCGUACAUGAAGUAUUACCCCAGGUGCAGGUCGCCAUUUUGAAAGCGGACAGACAACAAUAUGUUUAGAUUGAAUUAUCUAUCGAAAAUAACUGCAAAGCUUCAGACAGCUGUUUUCAGAACAUAAGCAACAAGAAGAUAUUGAUUAUAGAGCUCACUCCAUUCAAAUGUCUGUCGCGGAAGAUCAAGUAUUUGUAAAGUUUGAGAGCCCUGCUUUACAUACACCGGAGAAUGUAGGCGCCAGUGAACGGGCGAACACCUCUGGUAGCGAAGUAUUAUCGAAGCUUCUUUCCGGUAGCGUCACUUCAUGUGUUUCUUCAACACCAUCAGGACCUAGUACAUUCAUAUUGUAUAUCCCGAGUUUUCGUAAGAUAGAACCAAAGCCUGAGCUUGAAGUAAAAGAUGAAACACCGGAGAAAGAAACACCCGAGAAAGAUUUAAAAGCAUCCAGUCCAAAUGCUGUAAAUAGGUUACUUAAAACCAACCCUACAAAGCGAGGGGUCAAAACAUGUCCCCAGUGCUUCAACAAGAUCGGCCACAGAGCUAAACAAUGCAAGCACUGUAGCCCCUCAAAGAGGUUACAGAGGCGGAGAAAAAUGCAACAGAAAGUGUUAGAAACUAGACCACAAGGUAGUGAGAACAACAAUGGCAAAACCAUAAACUAUGAGGGUACUGCUGAUCAACUUGUGGACCAAUGCACAAAUGAUGUUGGUAAUGAAGUUGAGGAAACUUCGGAUGUGAAUAACUUAGUAGAAGAGGCUGCAGUUGAGAACAUUAUGACAAUCUCAGAACAAAAUGCUGCAGACACUGCCACAGCAGUGGUCACAGAAAUUCCAUCAAAUGAGACAGUUGUGACUUCCUCUGCCUGUGUAAGCGCAGGAAGUGAUGAAUGCCAACCCCAGGUUAGCCUUGCAGAGGAGACAGUACCAUUUGCGCCCAGCAAAGAGCAGGAAACAGUUGUAAGCACCGCCGCUCAACCUCCUGACUCUUUCUCACUACAGGACUUAAUCUGUGGUUUGCUUGCACAGAACCAAGGCACAUUACCCACGACUAUCAUGAAUAAUGACCCACCCUCUGAAACAACCACAAUAGCAGUUCAAACUGACACUGAUAAACUCUAUCAGGAUUCCAGGCCAUCAGAAGAGCCCCAGCAGCCUCAAGAAGAGAAGAGGAUAGAGGCAGCAGAUAAUUCUGUUGAUGCCAACUCCGUGGCAUUGUUUUUGGGUCAGAUGGCCCAGCAACGGAAUGGGAAGAAAAGGCAGAGUACUGCCUCAACAAACGCUAAUAGCGUUAAUCCACAAUCUCAGGUAAUAACUGUCAUGACUGGUGCUGUCGUGCCUGGGACUUGCAGUGCCGUUUUGUCUGUGAAGCCAUCAAAGUUUAGAAAGAUACAGCCCAAGAAUAACCUGGACAUACCAGUGAGAGAUGAAAGAGAGGAAGAGGGAAGAGAUGACAUCAAGGAGGUUAGAGUGGAUGCACAGUUCAGACUGAUGGGCGGGACAGCAACACGGCGAGGCGUCAUGGCCUGUACCAAGUGUCAGCUUAUGAUUGGCUGCCGCUCCAAAAUCUGCAAACACUGUAAAACCCAAAUCACAGAGGACCCUCCCCGUAUCAAGAGAGAAAAGGGUGUCUCUGCCGUACAGCUACAACUACCAGAGAGCUUGAACAUGCAACUGUUCUCGGUCAGGAAGUGCAAGACAGGGCCCGAGCUUAGAUGCUUUGUCAGGGUUGUAACUACCAGUGACCAGGAUGAUGGGCAGAGGCCCUUUUACUGUGAUUACCCCUUGUGUGUUAUGCCGAAAGAGCCAAGCAAUCCUCGGUUCGUUUGUGAGCACGUUAGGGCGUGCAGUGCAGCUGUCACUGCAGGAGUACCUCUUUUAGACGAGUCAAAGUUAGACCAGCUGCCCCUUGAUGAGCAGAUGAAGAUCACAGUGCUACAGCUUCAUCAGCAGUGUGCAAGCUAUGGGCUACCGCUUGUGCAGUGGAUCACAUCCAAAACUCUAGCAGUUGUUGAUCAGAGUCCUGACAAUGCCAGCACUGACCCAGUCAGCUUUGCGCACGUCCGUUUUGAUAACGUCCGAGGCAAUGGUUGCUUUCAGCGGCAGGUUUUCUGUUCGGGGAAGACCUGCAUGGCGUGGAACUUCAUGUCAAAUAGCUCAAAUAGUAGCUCAUCAGAGGUUGACAGGGCGUGCAGCUGUAUUCAUUAUGCUGCAUGCAUGUGGGCUAUUGCAUCUGAUGACUCGCUUGAAAGAGACUUCGGCAUCUACCUAACUAUGUUUGUCAACAAAGCUGAGGCUUCUGGCAAAACUUGAGUUACAGCAUAUAUUUACGCCUUGGUUAUGUGACAGAAGCAAUACUACUGAGAACAUUCUUACAAACCAAAGGCACUGCACAUUUUUCUGUUCUCACCCAAGUCCUUCAUUUGAAGAGGAAAAAGGUAUUCUUGGAAACGAUUGGGUUGCAGAGUGAUAUUGAUAUUUCAAAGAAACUAUCGUGUUCAAUAGGAUAUUAUUAUUCAGGUUAAAAAACUUCAGUGUCUAUAAUAAAUGCAAAUUUACUGCAA